AUGCAAAAGACUGGCAUGGUACUGGGUGCCUACAACAGCCGGAACCACAUCUUCCAUGGAAGUCACCAACGUCGUCGUAGUCGUUCCACCACCCCCACCACAGCCUCCACCAUCACCACUACCACCACAACCACUACCGUCACUUCAAAACCGUCUGUUUGUCUCCUCCUACUAAGUGUCAUGCUCCUGACUGCCUGUCAGUUUCAGGGCGUCAGUGGUAUGAGCAAGUUCAAGAAUCGCUACGCCCUGUUCCCGAUUUCUUCGUACUUGGACUACUUCGAGAGAGGGGAUCCAGUCAAGGGGGACACAGAGGAGGAGGCGGUGGUGCAGAAGCGACAACCCGCGUUCGCGGACUGGGAAUUUUCGGACAAUCUAGGCAUGGCAGAUGAUAAGUCACACUACGGUGACAUCAACGAUGCUGUACUGGCCUCGCAAAAGACUUCGCUGACGCAACAGGAGAUUCAGAGGUAUCUGGCCCAAAUGAAGGCGUACUAUCUCAAAAAUGGCAUGCCACGGUAA